CGUGUUUUUAGAGAGGAUAAAAGCAAGAUGUAUCUAUGUUUGUUUUAAGAUAUUAUUUAUUAUUUCUAAUAGGUGUUUAACUUCAACAGCUUUUGCCAAAAUAAGAGAAGAGCAGAGAAGCAAAAGAGUUGUCAUGGCGAUGGACGUAACAAAUGGAUGCGAGGUGACCACAACAGAACUUACUAUCUAUCCAGCGGAGACAAUAAUUGAUUGGACAAUUGGGAAAACACUGGAGCUUAACUGUCAACCGACUGACGCUUCUAAAGUAUACCAUUUUCAAUGGAAACAUUAUGUCGGCGUGGAAAAUAUUCUUCUAAGGACAUUUAACACAGCAUCUAUAACGUUGUCAAACAUGUCUUACUUGGAUAUUGGUAAAUACCGCUGCAUGGGUACAGCAGAAAAAUGUGUACAAAAAGAAAUCACCGUAAAUGUUAUGGGAAUGCCAGCUGUAGUACGGAAAACGGAACAUGUUGAGAUUCGUGAUGACAUGAAAAUUACGUUUGCCCUAGAUAUUAUAAGCUUUCCAUCACCACAUGAAAAUGUUACUGUUGGUUUGUGUAAUGGAAAGAAAAAGACCGUGUUCAAUGUCAGUUGGGAUUCAAGGUUACUUACAGCGAGAAAGAAGUAUUUAGAAUAUAAAGUUCUAGGAUACCAGAUGAAUCUGUCUAUAAGUGUGGAAGCACUGCCUGAAUAUGGCUUGUAUUGUGUUGACAUAUCCAAUACGUAUGGACUAACGUCAUUUCAUUUGUACGGAAAUAUCACAAACUCCCCCAACGAUUCUACAAAUGACGAAACAUUACUGUCUUUUCUGCGUGAAAACAUGACAAUGGUUACACUCGGUGGUCUGGGACUUCUGAUGUUUGUGUUUUUAUCGGCAGUCGUUGUAUUAUGCAGGAAAUUAAAAACUGUGGAGAACAGAAGGUAAGAGUUAGUUAUAUUUAAGAUUUCAGUGAUUGAGGAAAUGCAUGGUGUGCUGAUGGCCCACGUUGCAUGUUCACGACCAUAGGUUCCCCAGGCCUUCCGAAUGUCUGAGUAUCCUUAAUAUGUGCAAUAGAGAAAGACUUGUAACUCUUACUAUAGGGGAACACAUUUUGCAGAUUAAAACAUUCAAAUAAAGACAAUUUAUACUGGAUUCUGUAUCUUUUGACUUGCAUGGGAUUUAUCUAACUUGUUACCAAUUUGAAUGAAAAAAUCCAGAGUGAAUUAAAAAAAAUUAUACUACAUACAUAUUAAAUGUAGAUAUUAACGGCAAAUAAACAACUCGACUUUAUGACCGACGAGAUGAUUUCAGCUUCUCCACCGUCAACUAUCCAUAUUUAUAUAACGAUAUUCCAUUAUCACCUGCAUAUGAUGUAUAUAUCUCUCAACUGAUUCGAUACCUAACAGCUUGUUCAGCGUAUAGUCAGUUUCUAAAUCGAGGCAUGCUACUGACAACCAAGUUGAUGGUACGGGGGUUUCUUAAGUCUCGUUUUGAAAUCAGGUUAGUUCUUUAAUUUUAAAACAUCACUACACGGUGAAGGUUGCAAGAUGUAUUAAAUUGCCGAAAAGAGUUUAAAAUUUGGUAAAUGUUUAAAUUAAUCAUAUGCAAGUCGAAAGCAACAACAUAUAAUGUAUAAUGCCUUUAUGUAAUUAAUUUUUCAUUGCCAAAAUUUGGCUACUCUGUAAUAGGAGUUAUAUUUCUCUAUAUAUCAUAAUAUAUAGAGACUCGUUUUAUCAUUUGAUUCGAGCUUUUAAAAUUCUAAAUUGCACAAUGGAAAGAAAGUGCUAAUUUUUGUUUCCAGAGAAACAAAAAAUAUAUCCUGAUGCAAAUAUAUGAAAAAUAUGAUUAUGACAAAUGUAAAUAAAAAUGAUGACCGUUAUAAAAAGAAGUUAGAAUUAGACCGAAUAGCUUAUAAUAAAUGUUAAAUUGUCAUUCUUUAGUGUGAAAUGAAUAUUGUACACAAUAUCAGUCUGAGCGACAAUGAAUAAUGAGUAUAUCUUUAAAAUAAACCAUAAGGUAUAUACUAGUAUUUCAUAGGGUUUGGAUAGGGAAGUUUAAUGGAAGAAAUCUGUAAAAUUUAUACUAACGCUACUUGAAAAGUUAAGUGUCUAUUUAUGAAUAAGUCAGAAUGGAUGAGCAAAAUGUAUUUCUAAUUUCCUAAAAAUAGACGGCGAUCUUUAUAUACAUUAUAUAUAAAUUCCGAUGAUGCAAGAAAAUAAUUCGCGAAAAUACAUUUGGUUUUAUUUUCCCAUAUAAACUGUACAUACAUGUACAUCUGUUUUAGUAUCUUUAAAUCGCAUAUAUCGGUGUAAUUUUCAAGUAAAUUUAGAUACAAACAAAUAAAUACCAGUAUCAAUAUUAUUUACCUUUUCCUCCGAUAUUACAAGCUUGAUAUAGAUUGCCUGCUCUUUCACCAAACCUCAGUCACUGUAUAUGCAAUAGCUAAUUUCAAUAAAACUUUCUGCAUGGUCACCAAAUAAAGGAAUGAAGAAAAAAUAAGAGAAUACAUAAAGCAAAAUAAAGAGAUGAAUAUAUUUCUAGAUUGUGUAAGUUAGUUCAGUUUAAUACUUCCAGAGUGCCUACAGUGCUUAAUUCAAAUCCAAAGGGGACAUGGACACCCAUACCUCUUUCUGGGUCCAUAUCUCCUUCUCAGCCCAUCAAAAUGAGGGAACAUAGCAAAACUAUGAAGCAGAAACCCACUCGAGACCCUGUGUCGUGUCCAAUGAAAUCCUUUACUCUUCAGAACGUAGGAGUGAAAGACAUGAUGUAUCAUAAUAAGGAAUGUGAGAGAAACGAAUCGAUCAGAAUGGACUCAAGGGUGUACAGCUUCGGACAAAGUGAACCAGAUGAUUUUGAGUAUGACGAUAGCUUCUAAAUGUUACUGCGUACAAAUUUAUUGUGGACAAUGACUAACCUUAUGACAGUGUAUUCAGUUCUUUUGUGGAAAUGACUUGCCUUAUGACAGUGUAUUCAGUACAUACGUAGUUUGGUUCGCAGUUGUAACAAACAAGAUUUUAUUUACCUCUGAUUUUAUUAUUUAUUUUAUAAAUUAUAUUUGAAAUGUA